AACCUCAACAAAAUCGCGUCGAAGGACGCGAGUGUGGCACUGUGGUAGCUCCCGAAGCAAGUGAAUGAGAGGACAUGUCUCCUCUCUCUCCCUCGAUCUCGCCCCUGUCGCGAACCAUUACGCCGCCGUUCUCCACCGCGUCGCCACCGCCCCGGCCCCUUUCCUCCGCCGCCUCCGUGCCGUCCACGCCCACAUCCUCGCCUCCGGCUUCAAGCCCCGCGCCCACAUCCUCAACCGCCUCAUCGACCUCUACUCCAAGUCCGGCGACCUCCCCUCCGCCCGCCGCCUCUUCGAUGCUACCACCGCCCGGCGUCACGAUUCCAUCGCUGCUACUUCUCUCAUCACCGCCUACUCCGCUGGCGGCCACCUCGAUGCCGCCCGCCAGAUCUUCGAUCACACUCCUCUCGCAUCCCGCGACACCGUCUUCUACAAUGCCAUGAUCUCCAGCUACUCCCGCGCCUCCGAUGGCCCUGCUGCCGUGGCAGUGUUCCGCGACAUGAUGGACGAUCGAGUCCCUCGUGAUAGCUAUACAUUCACGGGCGUUCUCAGUGCCGCCGCUGCUAUACUUCCUCUGGUGCUCACGCAGUGCCAGCAGCUUCAUUGUUCGGUGGUUAAGUCCGGAACUGAAAAUUCUGUCUCCGUAUCGAAUGCUCUCAUUGCGCUGUACGCGAAGUGUGAGGCUCAAGAUGCAGCGGAGCAUGCCCGGGAGGUGUUUGAUCUGAUGCCGGAAAGAGAUGAGCUGACUUGGACCACAGUGGUGGUUGGAUACGUUAGGAGAGGUGACAUUGGUGAGGCUCGUCGAGUCUUUGAUGAGAUGGAAGGAAGAUUUGAUGUGGUUUGGAAUGCGAUGAUUUCAGGUUAUGUUCAUCAUGGACUUAUCUCAGAAGCUCUCGAGAUGUUUAGACAGAUGCAUUGUCUUGGUAUUCCUCUUGAUGAGUUUACCUACACUAGCGUGCUCAGUGCAUGUGCAAAUGGAGAACUGUUUAACCAUGGUAAGGCUGUUCAUGCCCACAUCAUUCGGGUGGCACCAGAUUUUGAUCCAGAGACAGCAUUGCCUGUUGAGAAUGUGUUAGUCACUUUGUACUCCAAAGAUGGAAAUGUUGAUGUUGCAAGAAGAAUCUUCAAUGACAUCCGGAGGAAGGAUGUUGUCUCCUGGAAUGCCAUGUUGACGGGGUAUCUAAAUAGUGGGAAAAUUCAUGAUGCCAUUGAUAUUUUCAGGGACAUGCCACAGAAGAAUCAGUUGACAUGGAUGGUUAUGAUCUCAGGCUUCUUGCAUAAUGGGCUUGCAGAGGAAGGUCUGAAGCUUUUCAAUCAAAUGAAGGAGGAAGGUGUCAAACCAUGUGAUUAUGCAUACGCAGGAACAAUUGCUGCUUGUGGUGAGCUAGGGGCAUUGGAGCAUGGAAGGCAGCUCCAUGCUCAGCUUAUCCAAUUAGGUUACGAGUCAAGCAACUCAGCAGGCAAUGCGCUUUUGACAAUGUACGCAAAAUGUGGUUCUGUGGAGGCAGCACAUCUAACAUUCCUUAUGAUGCCCAAUGUGGACUCUGUAUCUUGGAAUGCAAUGAUAGCAGCCCUCGGGCAGCAUGGGCAUGGAAUAGAAGCAAUUGAUCUCUUUGACAAGAUGAUCAAGGAUGGGAUCAGUCCAGACAGGAUCUCUUUCCUUACAGUCCUGUCAGCCUGCAGUCAUUCUGGUUUAGUUGAUGAAGGCUUCCAAUACUUUGAGUCAAUGGAGCGUGAUCAUGGUAUUAGCCCAGGGGAAGAUCAUUAUGCCAGGUUGAUUGAUUUGCUUGGUCGAGCUGGUCGAAUUGAUGAAGCUUGGAAUGUCAUCAGAUCAAUGCCGUUUGCACCUGGUCCAUCCAUUUGGGAAGCUGUUCUCUCUGGUUGUCGAAUUCAUGGGGAUAUGACUCUAGGAAUAUAUGCAGCAGAGCAGCUUUUCAAGAUGAUUCCACAACAUGAUGGAACAUAUAUCCUCUUGUCCCAUCUUUAUGCAGCUGUUGGCCAGUGGGCAGGUGUGGCAAAGGUAAGGAAACUGAUGAAGGAUCGAGGUGUGAAGAAGGAACCUGGGUGCAGCUGGAUCGAAGUAGCCAAUAAGGUUCAUGUGUUCCUGGUCAAUGAUACAAUGCAUCCUGAUGUUCAAGAAAUAUACAAGUUCCUCGAGAUACUUGGUGUUAAGAUGCGAAAGCUGGGUUAUGUCCCUAAUACCAAGUUUGUGUUGCAUGACGUCGAGUCUGGGCAAAAGGAAUACGUCUUGUCUACUCAUAGUGAGAAAUUAGCUGUUGCAUUUGGCCUUCUAAAGUUGCCAGCUGGUGCACCAGUUAGAGUUCUGAAGAACUUAAGGAUCUGUGGAGAUUGCCAUUCAGCAAUCAUGUUCAUGUCAAUGGCAGUUGAUAGAGAGAUUAUUGUCAGAGAUGGUAAGCGCUUUCACCAUUUUAAGGAUGGGCAGUGCUCUUGCGGGAACUAUUGGUGAAUUGUAAUUGUCUCUUAAUGAUGAGCUUUCUCUCUAUUAUGCUUCCCCUCCAAGCAGUGGAACGUGUUCAUGUUUGAUCUCAACCACAUACAUAUAUCAUGCAGUUGAUGAUUUCUAAACGCUCUUGUUGAUCAUGGAGGAAUUUUAUGAUCUCAGUACAGAUACUUUUCUCAAAACUCAAGAGUCUGUAGUUGACUGUUCUUCUUGAGGGCGAUUCCAUCUAGAAAGUGCUACCAGCUUAAUCAUGUUCCACAUUCGCAUUAGGUAUGGCAUCAUUGUAUACUGUAAAGUUCUUUGUUGCUGAUAAAAUUGCCUUUCGGAUUAGGAAUUGAUUUUGUUAGUGCUUAUUUCUAUUAAUUUUUAUAGUGUAAAUUUCCAUCUAGGAGGUAGCAGCUUAAUCAUGUUCCACAUUGACAUGGGUGCCAUAUGUAUCAUUCAUUGUAUACUUUAAAAGUUCUUUAUUGCUGAUAAAA